UAGAGGCAAAAACCUUGAGGAUGAUAAGAAGCUUUCGGUUUACCUCUUUGCUCUCUGCCGCUAAACCUCUUCGCUCCUUCGCUUGCUCAUCUUCUCCGGCGAUAGAGCCACCGCAAUGCUCGUCGUCUUCAUCAAUUUCUCUCCGUAUCACUCAUCCCAAAACUCCGCUGUUCCUUAGAGCGCCGUCGCACGCAGCUCCUUUGUCGGAGGUUUGGAAAUGGCACGGCUGGGCGAAAGAUCUCGCCUCCUCCGUAGAUGAUAACUCUUCUCCCGAGGACGAAGACAGCCUAGACUCCAUCCUCCUCCUCCGCGAGCUGAAAUGGCUGAUCGAAGACUCGAUCGAAGCCUCCGAUCAUCAUCAUCCGGUGAUCAUCACCGGAACGGAGACACCGCGCGGCGACGACGGAGAGAAGAAGAGUGUGAAGCUGAGAGCGUCGCUGGAGGAGCUGUACGAUCUAUGGCGUCAGAGGAUCGAGAAGCGGCGGCCGUUUCAGUACGUGGUGGGAUGCGAGCACUGGAGAGAUCUGGUGCUGUGCGUGGAGGAAGGCGUUCUCAUCCCGAGGCCGGAGACGGAGCUGGUCGUGGAUAUGGUCGAGGAGGUGGUGAGGGGAGACGAGUGGUUUAAGAGAGGGGUUUGGGCUGAUUUGGGAACGGGAAGCGGCGCGAUUGCGAUCGGCGUUGCGAGAGUUUUGGGCGGUUGUGGGAGAGUUAUCGCUACAGAUCUCAGCCACGUGGCGAUCGCUGUUGCCGGGAACAAUGUUAGAAGAUACGGCCUUGAGGGAAUGGUUGAGGUAAGAGAAGGGUCUUGGUUUGAGCCAUUGAAAGAUGUUGAGGGAAAGCUUGUGGGGCUUGUGAGUAAUCCACCGUACAUACCGAGUGAUGACAUUCCAGGUUUACAAGCUGAGGUUGGUAGACACGAACCGAGGCUUGCAUUGGACGGUGGUGUUGAUGGGACUGAUAGUCUUCUCCAUCUUUGUGAUGGGGCUUCCCGGAUGCUUACAAGCGGUGGCUUCUUUGCUUUCGAGACCAAUGGAGAGAAGCAAAGCAAGAUGAUCGUGGAUUACAUGACCAGUAAUCUCAAAGACAGUUUCUCUGGUGUGAAGAUAGUUUCUGAUUUUGCUGGAAUCGGUCGGUUCGUGACUGGCUUCCGCCUCUGAGAUUUUACGCAACUUGCUAUAGUGUCAUUUCCCUAUAAUAUAUGUGUACUAAUUGAGCUACAUGAUGUAUGGAUUUGUGAAAUUAUUUUUUUCCUCAAAAUCAUGAACUGAGUUUCACGGAGGAAUCUUGUUUAUUUGUCAAUAUCAAGAUGCAAGGAGUACAAAAAUAACAGCUUUUCAAAUUGAUAAAUCAUAUAAUAGUAUAAAAUCAUUGGUAAUAACUUGUGAUUAACAGCUAUAAAUCAACUACACCAUGUAAUUUUCCUUAUAGUUGUAAUACGAAUGUGGGCUAUAAGAAGCCCAUAGUAGUUUACUUAAGCAUGUAGAUGUGGCCCAUUCAUGCUUUAUAUAGUUCAUCAUCACUCAGCUUCAUGUGUUUAGGUUUUCUAGCAGAAUCGAUUUCACGUAAGCUCCCGCCGCCUCCUUCUACAGAAUGGAUUCUCAGAUCAAGCACGCCGUGGUCGUUAAGGUCAUGGGGAGAACUGGUUCUCGUGGUCAGGUGACUCAGGUUAGAGUCAAGUUCACUGAUUCGGACCGUUUUAUCAUGAGGAAUGUGAAAGGACCGGUGAGAGAAGGAGACAUCCUAACUCUUCUCGAGUCCGAGAGAGAAGCCAGAAGACUCCGUUGAUUCCAUAUGCCCAUUUCUCUAUGAAAGUGUUACCAAUAUUUACAUUUUGAUGAUGCCCUCUUAUGUUUAUUGACCUUAUGGUUGUUUUUUUUUUUGUCUAAGAAAUACUCUGUUUUAAUUACUCGAGUUUGCUAAGACAAUGUUUGGAUCUAGAAAUGAAUCUUUUUCAAAUA